AUGUUUCCAUCCAUUAAUUCCUUUGUAAGGAGGCUGAAAACCAGAUAUUGCCAUGUCCGGGAAGUGAAGAUUUCAACAUUAUGGAAACUGACAGGCUUGUUUGUUGUGACGUCACUCUUCUUCAUGCAAAAAUCCAUCAAUUCAAAUCCCAAACAAAUUGUGUUCACGUGGUCAAACAACGACAUAAAAAAGGCCUUACUCAAAGAAAAGUUUAAAGAAACACUAUCGCCGCUGGAGCCCUGCGAGAAUGACGGGGAGUCUGUUUUUAUGUUGGUUAUGGUUAACAGCGAAGUCUCUAAUUUCAAACACCGUAAUGCAAUACGAGAAUCAUGGGGUUCUGUGGCAAAAGUAGACAAGAGUGUUCGAUUGAUAUUCGUGAUAGGAAAAACUCAAGAUCCGGUUGUUCGGGAAAGUAUUAAUCUUGAGAAAGCCGUCUUCAACGACAUCUUAGACACAAACGUAACGGAGGCUUAUGAUAAAUUGACUUAUAAAUCUAUAGCAAUUUUAAAAUGGGCACAUACCCACUGUAGCAAAACGAAAUACCUUAUAAAGGUUGACGAUGAUAUAUUUUUUAAUAUACGUAGACUUAUGUUAGAACUUGAAAAAUGGGAUCCCAAAAAUUCUGUUAUUGGAUGUGAAGAGAGCAAAAAUGCCCCUGUGAGAUUCUUUUUAUUCAAAUGGCACGUGACUAGAGAGCAGUACAGUGCUGACACCUACCCUGUAUAUAUAACAGGGCCCGCCUAUCUCAUCACUGGGGACAUCAUAUCCAAACUUUACCGUGCUUCAUUUGAUGUUCCAUAUUUUUUCAUUGAGGAUAUUUUCGUAGCAGGACUUUGCAGGGAAAAAAUUGGAGCGAAAGUUGUUGGACAUAAAGAGUUUUCCUGUAGUUAUCGAGACCGGGGACCCUGUGGGGUAUCCUUCCGGGAUUUCAUUGUCGGCCAUCAUUACUACCCAGAGGAAAUGGUCCGGAUGUGGCAUGAAUUAAACAAUCCGUCAGCCCAGUGUCGGCUUGUAGAUUAUUACUGGAUAGCAACUAUAAUUGAUAUAUUGAAAGGAUUGAUGCCAUUUUAACGUAGGCCUAUAUACUCGGAAAAGGUCACGUUGCAUUUCCAAAUUAUCAAUUUUGAUUACCUGAAGAAUUUUGUUUUUAUCUUUGCACUUUAAAUGGAUGCUGAUUACCUCUUAUUUUACCCAAAUUAUCGAAACUUUCUUUUUUAAAUUUAGCAAUUGUUUGUUAUGCAUUUGUAUAGUUACUUCCUUAUAGAAAAAAUGAAAUGCACCCCUUUGCACAUUAUUCUCCCUAAGAAGCAUAGAGUCAGUAAAUUUUUAACAGUUUAUAUAUACUAGUAUACUGCACAGGUUAACUGAGUCUGUGAUAUCAUUUUGUAUGUAUAAUAAGAUUUUCCGGAAAGUGGUUGGAGUUUCUCUGUGGCUUUUGUCAUUGAAUGCAUUUUUUCUGUUGUUUCCCUUCUCAACGUUCUGAACAAGGUUGAAAUACUCGGUUUACUCAUCAAGUUAUAAUAUUUUAGUUAAAAUAUUUCAGAUAGUGACAAAUUUUGAACACUAUAAAAUACCUGCACUUGUUUUCACAAUUCUCUGAAGCUGUUGGACACGGAUGUAGCUCAAUGUCUAUGGGAUUUUAUUUUGUUUUUAUGAUGUUAGAGUUACACUGUGAAGGAAGGGAUGUGAACAGUUUUAGGUGGCGCUGUUUGCCGAAUGGUAUACAUGUAUAGUUCUGCUUACAGCAUGCAAAUCAAGGAUUAGAUGUUUGAAUCUUGUCAAACCGAGAAAUUUCAAAAUUUUAAAUGUAUUUCAGUUCGUUACUUUCGUCUUUUUGAUACGCAAGAGCAUGCUUUACAUAGUGAUACGGAAAUUUCUAUUGCAUGUAACUUACAAAUACGUUGAUGUACAAGGGCUCACAAUCUCCGAAUCUCGAUAGCCGAACUGUACACCUUCGUCCGUUUGCUCUGUGAUAUUUAAGUAGAUUUGGAGAAUAUAUUCUCAUACCAAAAGUUCUAGGGGAUUGGGUUUAAUAUUCAUAUGAUAAUUAUGGAUUUUCGCAUUUACAAAUUUAAAGCAUUACAUGUAUUUGAUUUCCGGUGAGAUUCUGGCAAAUUGAUUCCCCUAGCGACAGGAAUAAGAAAAGCAGUAAAGGGACUUAACUCUUUAACUCUGCUACCUCAUUAAUGCACCCUUAAAGCAUCUUUCUUUUUUUAUUUAUUUUCAAAAAUUGAAGUAGAUGGAACAUGUUAUGAUACGCAAUCAAUUUAUCUGUGGUGUUGAUUUUUUAUGUAGAAUAUCAUAGUCAAUAUUGCAUUGUAUACGCUCUUAUUGAGCAGUUCACGUACUAACAUGAUUCGGCAAUGAUAUUUUACACAGUUUAAUUAACCCCUUCCCAUCCACGAUCUUUUUUAAAAGCACCCAAACAGGAAAAAUAAUAUAUUGGAAUAAAUGUUUGUCAUCGGUCACAAAUUCAUUUGCAGACCUUAAUUCUUGAAUCAUUAUUGGGAUUUGAUUGCUGCUGUCCUUGACCUGAAGGUGUGUCAUUCUCUUGACUCAGGGUCAAAGGUCACUGGAAAAUGUAUGUUGUCCCCCCGCUUUCACUGAAAGUCAAUCUGUCCGCCCGUCUGUCUCUCUGUAACACUUUCAUUUCCGCAAGAUAUCUCAAAAAGCCUUUGAGCGUUUGCAGUGAAAUUUUACAUAACAAUUCCCCAUAGCCUAAAAAAGACCCCUACAGAGUUUGAGGUCAAAGGUCAACGUCAUAAUUUUUUAACACUUUCGUUUCCGAGCGAUAUCUCUGUAAGCCUUUGAGCUUUUGCAAUGAAAUUUAAUAUCACAACUCCUCAUGGCCUAAGAAAGACAUCUGUUGAUUUUGAGGUCAAAAGUCAAGGUCAUAAAUUCAUACAUUCUGUGUGUGCGUAAAACUUUCAUUUACGAGUGAUAUCUCAAGAAUCGUUUGAGCUUUUGCAAUUAUUAUUAUUUUUUUUUUACAACUUAUGACCUCGCCCGUUCCUCGUCGUGCCCCCCCCCCCCCCCCCCCCCCCGACUCAGUGCAUGCUCUUCUAUUUCCAUAAGCAGAGGACACAUUUUCUCUGAAUUAGCUUGUUGAAGUUGUAAUUCAAAUAUCUUGAUAAAACAAUUAUCAAUGAAAUGGGUGUAGAUUCAUUUUCUCCUGUUUUGAUCUCCAAAAAUAUAUAUAGGCAUCUCAUCUAAAUGUGGAGAAAUCAUAAGCUUGGCCAUAUUUUUUAAUUGAUCUCGGGUAGAGAAAUAACGUAGUAUUACUGUCAGGCGUCAGUUAAUUAUAAUUAUGUUGCUUGAUGCUGACAUUAGAUAGACAACGACCAAACUCACAUGUUCACCUGUGUAGGGCAGAGAGACAAUAAGCUUUACCAAAAAAAGUGUGUAUGUUUAACAAGUAUUUCAUAUUGUAUGUUUGUCUGUGAGUGCACACCAAGUCAAUAAUAUUGUUAGAUUGACUGUAAAUUAUUAACUUGUACAUACCAUAUUUUGUAAGUUUGUAUGUUUUUGCAAUAUUUUUGUAAGUUGGAUUUGUUGUUAGUUUUUGUUUAAGUGAAGGUUAAUAAUAUUGUACUUUUGUGUUCAUUGAAAUACUAAAAUAAGUUACAUAUGCUAUAAAUUUGUGUGUGAGUGUAUGUGCGCAAAACUUUUAAGUUAUUAUGUUGUAAGCUUAUGAAUGUGUAAUGUUAGUUAUAUAUUGUCUGUCUGUUUGUACGUUAUGGUGUUCAAAGGUUGGUCUUUUUGCAAUACGGAGAGUUGAUACUUAGAAAGAAAAUAAGCAUUUACCCUGUAUCAUGGCCAGAUGAACCAGUC